GCUUGCUUUGGUAUUGUCUCUUUCAUUCUCAUCACUUUUUCUCUUUUUUUAAGGGUCUGCGCACUAUUAAAUGCGCAAUGUAAUGGUGGGGAUAAAAAACGUGACACUAGGGAGUAGGGAGGUUACCAAACACAACGCCGAAGAGGAUAUAUAUUCCAUACUGUUCCAUACUCCAUACAUUUGUUCAAACGUAAAUGCACGUUUGUAUGUGUAUCUCUAAUUUGAUAUGUAUUAACAAGCAUACGUAUGUAUGCACAUAGAAACCUAUACAUACAUUAUAUUCAUACAUAUGUAUGUAGUGUACUUGAAUAUGUAUGUCGCUAAUUGUAAAACGUUAACUGUGUAUGUACUUAUGGAUAGGUGCAUGCGUUUGUAUAUGUAUAUGGAACUACAAAAAGUACGUGAUUCUAUCAUAGAUACAUUAUACAGACACAUUAAUAAAUACCUUGAAUUAAUAUAAUUGUUCGCACAAUUAUUACUUAUAUGAUAAAUUGAUAACGCGUAAAUAAUGAAACAUAUACAAAGAACGAUCAAAUUAACGUAUUUACGUAAAUUAUUACGCAGGUAAAAGUGUAUGUAUGUAUGUACAUAUCUAUACCAUUUUACGGUAUCGUAAGGUACCCUUUACCCCACCCGUCUUUUUCCAUCCCAAUGCUGCACACCUUGAUUUCGUGCAUUACGCACCUUUUCACCUCACGGAUAUGAGAUAGGUCAUAUCACAACAGUGAAAAUGAGUUCUCAAGACACAAUUGAUAAUGUGCAAGCAAAUUCACCUGAUAUAUCCUCAAGAACAAAAAAUUGGGUCCAAUUUGAGGAUGAAACACCUAUCAAAGAUAAUGGUAGUGUGGAAGAAAAAACUAAAACUAAUGCACCAGCUGUAAUAAAGCCAGAAUCAGUUACAGUAAAUGUUGAAAAAAUUAGUAAAGCCAUUGAAAAGGCAGAUGAUCCACAAAUUAAGAAUAAUGAAUAUAGAGGUGCCGUGAUACCAACAGAAUCCGUCCAGAUUAACUUAGAUAGGUCAGGUCUAAGUCGUUCCAUUACAUCAGAAAGUCCAGAACUUAAUGUACCGUCCGAAGUAAGAAUCUCUGAUCCUAAAAGUGCUUCUUUGAAGACUAUUGAUCUCAGAGAUGUAUCUAAUGGCCGAACUAAUGUGAGCAAUAUUAUAAGCACACCUAUUGGAAAUAUCAGACAAGGUUUUGCCAAUGGAGAUACUAUUGUUACUCUUUUACCAGUUAACACUAGAUGGCCAUGGAUCACUCCAGCUAAAUUUAGACCAGAAUUAGUACCAGAGGAAUUAAUGGCACAAGGUUUAACGCUUACAGUAGAAGAUUACGUACACAUAAUGGAAUUGCUUGUAAAUGAUGUACGUUUUAAUAUGUACAAUGUAUGCUAUAAGAGAAUUCUUGUUCUUUGGAUCUUUACUGCAUUUAUUGUACUGCUUGGCUUGUUAUUUUCUGGAGUGACUGGUCUUACUUUAUUUGGCCUUGGCGUCAUGUGGUUAGUCCUCAAUGCUGCAGCAAUAUUCUUUUGCAUGUUCGUCAAGAUAAAAUUAAACCAUAAUCUUGAGAAAUGUAUGGCUCAAGUGAACAAGCAUUUACUUCGACAUAAAAUAUUGCUUGGAUUGGAUGAUAGAGGGAAGAUUUCAUGUCAUAAAGUCAAUCUCUGCUUCAUAUACUUUGAUACUACAGAUUGUAUCAAAAAGUUGCAAGAAGUAAUAGAACGUGAGGAACGUGAAGGAAGAGUGAUCGGCGAAGAUGGAAAUUCAGAAAUGCGCCGUAAAAGGGAAUUACAACAACGAAUGGAUAUUGAUGAUAGCGAUAUUGUGAUACAAGGCAGCACAACUACCAGAAUCUCUCGUAAGCAGGAACGGGCGGAGUUGCUGUUGCUGAGGUAUGCUUCUCGAUGGGCACAUCACUUUGUGCGCCGGAGACUUGAUCUGGUUAUAGACUCACAGGAACGUAACAGAGACAUCAUGGGUCUGUCUGUUUCACCACGUCAUUGUGUCUCCGCCCGUUGUCCUUGUCAAUUCAUUGAGGACCAUCUCAAGUACAAGCCUAGAGGUAUUUGUCACUAACCAUUGACUAAUUCAGAGAUGUUACUUGCAUGCAGCUGGACAUAAGGGGACACAAUUUGAUAUUUUAUCUGAACCACAUUUUGUCAGCACAUGAAAUUAUUCAGUAAAUAGUAUUGUGUAAGUAUUGUACGAUUUGUCUUCAUAUAUAUGUAAACAAAUGUGUUUCAUGUAAAGUAGGUACACAAUGCUUUUUCACAUUAUGUGUACACAUUCAGUGAAAAUUGGUGUAUAGUAGGGAAAUUCUAAUUGUGACUAGUAUAAUCCUAUAGUGGUAUAAUCCUUU